AUGGAAUUAUACAAGAGGCCAAUUCAACAGCCAAGUACUUUCUUUUGUCUGCUAGAGAAACAGCAAACAAUGUUGUUGCUAAGGAGUCGACAUAGACUGCAGAUAGCUAUUACUAAUAGUUUUUUUACGUCACCAACUGUAUGCUUUUUUGUGGAUCUAUACGAGGGUCCAGAAACUUCAACAUUCAAAAGUUCUCGAGCGUCAGAUAACCUGAGAAUGAGUAAAUCUGUCUUUCGUUCUCCAAUAUUACCCAUAAACAUAACGUUUUCUUCUUUGAUUGAUUCUCUACCCACAUAUACUUUACAUCAGGAAACACUUUGCGAAAUGCGAGGAGAAUUGAUGACAGGACUUCAAUGA